AUGAAUGCUAAACAAAUAGUUGAUCAGCUUCAACCAAAGCAGGGAAAAGGGAUGAUCAAACAAAUCUAUGAUUAUCUGAGAGGGGAGAAAACUAAGCCUGAAUGGAGAUGUCUAAUGUUUAAGAAUGCAGCCAGGCCAAAAGCUACCUUUACACUAUGGAUUUUGUUGAAUAGGAAGCUAGCAACAGUGGAUAGACUUGCUAAAUGGGGAAUAACACUUAAUAAAACUUGUGUUCUGUGUAAAAAUGUGGAUGAAAGUCUGGAUCAUAUGUUCCUUCAUUGUCACUAUGCUGGAGAGGUUUGGGAGAGACUUCUACAAUGGAUUGGUAAUCAUAGUAACAGGCCAAGGACAUGGGCACAAUUUAUACAGUGGAGCAUUCAAAAUGGGAAAGGGAAGUCUACAAGAGCACAACUAUUCAAGAUUAUUCUUGCUGAAGGAGUUUAUGCUUUGUGGAAUGAGAGAAACAAAAGAAUUUUUGAAGACAAGAGUUGCUUGAUAGAUAAUGUAGUUAAGAAGAUAACCUAUGUAACUAUUGCGAGAUCUUCUACUAGUAUUAAAAAUGUUAUUAUUCAUAGGAAGAUUUGA